GGCGUUGCAGUCCGAGUGUGACCCCAGCGAUCCAUUCAAACCACAACCCGUUUAAAAAUGUCGAGCAACUUGCGCGAGACUGUCUCCGCCUACAUCAACUCCAUUCGAGGCAACAAAUAUACGAGUCAAUACUACUCCGUGUUGGCCGUCGGGACUUUGACCUCGUUUAUCAUCGGCCGCGUGGCAUGGAAGGACUACCAGUUGUUCUUGAGCUAUGGACCUGGCGGGCCUCCGUACAAUCCUUUUGGAUGGCUCGUCGCCAACAUCCUACGCCCCCUCCGCAUCAACAUGAUUGAUGCUCGCAAGUUCGAAACAGAUCCCGACCAACGGUCCUGGUUGGGCGAGAAUUGGCUAGCAAAUGGCGAUCACCGACCUGGCUCCCGGCCACACACGGGGCCCCAUCCUGUCCCACAGAGACAGCUCGAUCAACAUCCUUCCAAGGAGAUUCAACAAAAAUUCCUGUCAACUUUCAAGUCGAUUGGCGAGCAGAAUCCGGACUUGGUCAAAUUCGGCUUGUCGCAGUACGAGCGUCACACCGAUGCGAUGUGGGUGGUCGACGAGUGCCCCUGCUACGCACUGGGCAAGGACCACUUCACUCGAGAGAUUUCUCACAUCCACACCAACACCGAUUACUCUGCCCAUGUCGUUCUGUCUCCCAGGGAUGCUGCGAAAGUGAUUCGGUCUGGCUGGGGCCAGCUUCACGGUCUCGCGGGCGUGUCCCUCUUUGGGCGAAAGGUUGUGCCAGCAACUUAUGUCCUGCUUUACAGCCCCAGGAACGAUGACGAGAUUCAAGUCUUGACCGAGAUCAUCAGGGCGGGAAUCGGGUAUAUGACAGACUCGACCGAGAUCAAGGCGCCUGCUUGAUGUCAAGGUUCAAAGACCACGAGCCCCGACUUUCACAGGGCCAUCACCUGCGUGGACAUAUUCAGAACUGCAUGGUCUAGUUCUGGAAUAUUUCCCAUAGUGCAAGAAUUGGGCAGAAGGGAAUGGUCGAAUGGAGGCUGACGUUACGAUAUCAUAAUUUACAAGAAGCAACUCCCAUUCCGGCCGUAUAGCAAUCACUAGCAAUGUACACAAGGGCGACCUGCUCUUGCUCACCCAAGCUCCUUCCCCUGCCCCCCACCAAUGUCUUGUUCGACCGGUCCGAUUGGAAUCUGU